UGCCGAAUGUCAUUCAUCGCAGAUCACUGCACACUGUAGCACUGAAAGAUUAUCCUAAGCAUGAGCUUGCAGCAAUGGGAGAACAGCGCGGAGAUUGCGAUUUUUCGGGAAUAUUUACGAAUUCCAACCGUGCAGCCCGACGUGGAUUAUACUGUGUGUGUGGAGUUCCUUAAGCGUCAGGCGAGCAGCCUGAAUCUGCCAGUAGAUGUGGUUCAUCCUGCACUUCCAUCGAAGCCUGCGGUGAUCAUAAAAUGGGAGGGUAGCCAGCCGGAACUCCCUUCGAUCGUCUUGAACUCGCACAUGGACGUGGUUCCCGUGUUUCCCGAUGAGUGGACUCAUGACCCUUUCAGUGCUCACAUGAAUAACGAAGGAAUGAUAUAUGCACGCGGCUCGCAGGACAUGAAGUCCGUGGGAACUCAAUAUCUGGGCGCCAUUCGCGCCCUCAAAGCCAGCGGCUACCAGCCCAAGCGGACUGUGUACCUCACAUAUGUACCAGACGAGGAAAUUGGUGGAGAUCUGGGUAUGCGGGAGCUGGUGAAGAGUGACUACUUCAAGAACAUGAACGUGGGUUUCAGCCUGGACGAGGGAAUCUCAAGCGCGGAUGAAACCUACUCUGUUUUUUAUGCGGAGCGCACACUGUGGUAUCUUAGAUUAAAGUUCAGUGGCAGUGCUGGACACGGAUCCCUGCUGCUGCCCAAUACGGCCGGGGAAAAGUUUAAUUACGUUUUGAAUAAGAUGAUUGAGUUCCGCAAAUCGCAAGUCCAACGACUGGCUGACGACUCAUCCCUUGAUAUUGGCGAUGUGACCGCCGUGAACCUAACUCAGAUGAGGGGAGGCGUCCAAAGCAAUGUUGUCCCUCCGCUGCUGGAGGCAGUCUUUGACAUUCGCAUCGCCCUCUCCGUCGACGUGGAUGACUUUGAGAAGCAGAUACGCGACUGGUGCCAGGAGGCUGGUGGCGGCAUUGAACUAGACUUCGAAAUGAAGUGCCCAUAUGUGGAGCCAACAAAGAUAGAUGCCUCGAAUCCCUUCUGGCUGCCCUUCAAGAAGGCCCUCGAAGAGCUUGGUCUCAAAACCCGCGUCAGGGUGUUUCCUGCUGGCACUGACAGUUUCUACAUUCGAGAGGCAGGAAUUCCCGCCCUCGGCUUCUCUCCCAUCAACAACACGCCCGUGCUGCUGCACAAUCACGAUGAAUAUCUCCGAGCGGAUACCUAUCUGCAUGGCAUUGAGGUGUACAAAAAGCUUAUUCCAGCUGUUGCCGAUGUCUAGGAUAUUUGAUGAUAAAGUUUAUCUGUAUUUGAACAUGCA